AUGGGUUCGACGCAAUUUGGCAAUUUCAACGACUUUUGUCGCGAUUCCACCUUACCAGUCUGCAAUCUAUUUGUGUCAAAUAAUCAACCUCCAAACAAAGCUUACGGUGGAUGUGUACUCAAGGGCAUUGAGCUCAGUGGUGACCGAUAUCUCAGCAAUUUGGGUUCAAUUCUCCUGGCAUUCAUCUCCAUCCUGACGACACUUUUUCUGCUAUUCAGAUCUGACCGCAAACGAGCCGCAGUUGGGAGAAGCAGGGAGAUUCAACUAUUCUUGUUUGGCUUUCUCAUCAUCGAAAUCUGCGAGAUCUUCUCCGUGGGUGGAUUCCCUCUGGACGGUGCGGUCCGAAAGGGUUUCUCGGCGGUACAUAUUGCUGCUAUUACUGCGACAUGCUGGAUUCUUCUGCUGAAUGCUCUGGUGGGCUUCCAAUUCCUUGACGACGGCACGCCCGCUUCGAUUGGCUUGAUUGUCGCCUCUGGUCUUGUCCUCUUCAUCGGCACGGGAUAUAUUGCCUUGGAUACGGCUUUCGACUGGACAGGCGAAUUCGCAACUACCUCCUCGAACCACUAUCGCAACAUUGCCCUUUAUGUGCUGUACCAGCUCUUCCCGCUUGUUUGUCUCGUCUUGUUCUAUGUGUUCGAAGUUAUCCUGGUAGUGCGAAUUCUUGGCGAAUUCCGGCCGUUGAUCUAUUUGACGGCUGCCGCACUCCUAUUCGCCAUUGGCCAGAUCUUUCAAUACGUGAUUAGCGUUCAUCUGUGCGAAGCAUCUAGCGGGAAAAUCAAUGGUGCGCUGUUCGAGACUCUGUUCACUUUACUGGCAGUAGUCACUGUAUGGUUCUUCUGGAGCAGCAUCACGGAGGAUGACUGGCCCAUGCCGAUGUCAACCCCUGGAGGCUACCAUUAA